ACCUUUACAACAUUUAUUUGUUUGUUUUCCAAUUAAUAGAUUGGUUGUUAGCAAUUUUUGUGUUUUUAAAUUUAGCUUCUGGCUUUGUACCAAUAAAAGCUUUAUAUAUUUCUUGCUAUUAACAAUAAUUUGAAAAAAAAAAUGGAAAAUAAAACAAAGACGGAGAAAUUCGAUUCGACUGAAAUCAAAAUGGAAGAAAAUGAGUCUGACAUAUCUGAUGAUUGGGAGUUCAUGUCUAAGUACGAGGCUGGCAGGCAAUCUGUUUCUCACUUGAGUGUUCCUAAAAUGCAUGAAUUUAUUGAAGAAAGUGAUUUAACUUCUUAUAGAAUUGGCAUAGAUAGCGACAGAGGAAACGAACAAGUAAUAUUUUCUGAACAUGUUCAAGAAAGUGAAAGGGGCAAGAAAGAUGAAGAUAAACAAGAACAAUUAUCUCCGCAUAAAGAAAUGGUGCAGACAAUAUUUUUUCAGCAUGAUCAGGAAAAAGAAAAUGAAAGAUUGCAGAAAGAAAUGGAAGCUAUGCAGGAAAGUCUUCAAUGUGAAAUAGAAAACGAAAGGGUUAGAAGAGAAAUGGUUGAAGCUAUGCAGGAUUUAAAUCAAAAUGAUCCAGAAAAAGAUAGGCUUAAAAGAGAAUUACAUGAAGCUAGGCAGACUUUACAUCAAAAUGAGCAAGAAAAAGAUGAGCUUAGAAGAGAAUUACAUGAAGCUAGGCAGACUUUACAUCAAAAUGAGCAAGAAAAAGAUAGGCUUAGAAGAGAAAUGGUUGAAGCUAAGCAGGAUUUAAAUCAAAAUGAUCCAGAAAAAGAUAGGCUAAGAAGAGAAAUGGUUGAAGCUUUGCAGGAUUUAAAUCAAAAUGAUCCAGAAAAAGAUAGGCUUAAAAGAGAAUUGCACGAAGCUAGGAAGACUUUACAUCAAAAUGAGCAAGAAAAAGAUGGGCUUAGAAGAGAAUUACGUGAACUGAAACAAACUUUACAUCAAAAAGAGAAAGAAAUCGAUAGGCUCAGAAGAGAACUGUGUGAAGCUACGCUGGAUGCACCGCAAAGUGAGCAAGAAAACGGUAGAGAUAAAAGAAAAACGGAUGAAGUUAUGCAGGACAAUGAAUUUACUUUAAGAUCCGCUGAAUGUUCGAAGUCACAGAUUCAUGCUACUGAGGGCGAAUCACUGGCAAAGGGAAAGGACGAAAGUAAAAUUCAAGUUAUUAGCCAUGCACUCAGUGAAGCUUUUCAGCAAUUUUUCAAAAUUAAUACCACCCAGUCAGCCAAAGUUUCAACAGAUGCAGCUGAAACUGAUAAGUUGGUGAAAGAAAAGUAUGUAGAAUUAACUCCGGAACAAUUGGAAUUGUUUCGGAAGGCGGGAAUUGAAAUUGCAUCAUCUUCUGAUGAGGAAAGCAAGGAAUAAGUGAAUCAAGAAAAUGAAAGUUAAAACUACUGAAGGAUCUAUUUGAGGCACGUUUCGUAUAUUUUCUGCUUGAAAAUAGUUUGAUAACUUCGUAAGAGCUUUUAAUAUAUGGCUUUUUAAGUAUAAUCUUUUUAAAAUUGCUUUAUUCUUUAGUUUUAUCUUUAAGGAGCAUUUUUGUUAUUGUAUUAUAAUUGUAAAAACUUAUACGUAUUUUAAAAAUUAUUUCUGAUUUUAUAACGAAAAUUUAAAAAUUUUGUGUUUAAACUAUAUUUUUUAAAUGCGAGCAAUUGCUUACUAAUUGUUUGUUAUAUUUCAUGCUUUCUUGUAUUUUGAAAAUUUUGACAAAUAAAUACAUAUUAACAAUA